CACUUACAGAUAUGUCAUUUAAUCAAACCAUGAUUAGUAAAGGAUAGACGGAGAGAGAGAGAGAGAGAGAGAGAGAGAGCGAGAGAGAGAGAGAAAACAUAAAAAGAUAUAAAACAAUCUGGCCACUAGCUGAAAAAAAAAGAAGAGAGGAGAGAGCAGGGGAUGGAUGGAGCGAUAAAGAGUGGGGGAAGGGGGGUGCUUAGCUAAAAACUUUAGGGCGAAUCAAUCUUGCAGAGAAAGGGGGGAGUACGUAAGAAAGACGGGAGAAGAAGAAAGAGGAGAAGGGAGGGGGAGGGAUGCGGUAGAGGGAGAGGGAUUAUUCACCGUUUCAAAUGAAUAAUUCCGUAUUGUGUGAAUCUGGCACACACAGAGAGAAAGGGAGGAAACGAGAGAGAGCAUCACAUCGAAAAAGACCUAAAGAUCAAAGAGAUCCACCAAAAAAAUAGAGAGAAAGAAUUCUCAACUGCCAAGAAAAGGGGAAGAACAAGAACUGAAUUUUUUUUUUAAAGUGUUUUCAUGACCUCUAAAAUCUCUCUGCGUUGGACUUGGAAUAAGCUUCUCUGCCGUUACAACCACCAGAUACCAACCAACUAAAGAAGACUUCGCUUUAACAUAAACUUUGGAACAGCGAACAGGAGCUGAAGCCCUGAACAUACGAUAACAGAACAUGAAAGAGAAACGAACAAACAUGGCAUUGGAAUAAAGAGAAACUCAGAGUGAGCACAGGUGCCGAAGAGAAGAGAACAGAGAGAGAGAGAGAGAGAGAGAGAAUCGAGUGAAGAGAAAAAAAGAAAAGAGAAGGAAAGCAUCAGAGGGUAUAUUAUUUCUGGGUCAUGAGAGUACAACACCUGCCAGGUGAGUUAUGUUGUUAAGCACAGCAGAAUGAUGUAAAAUAUAUGUCACGUUUUAGUUUUGAUAGUUGUAACUAUAUGAGGCGCUGUCAGUGUAUAUGUGGUCCAUGUAGUAAAACACUGUUUUAUCAACCACUAACGAGCCUGCCGUUUCAUGAGGAUGUUGAUGAUAUAGGACCUACUGGUUUAUGAACGACAGUUUUUGGAUGUAUGGCCAAUGUAAGCCUACUCCCCGGACGCAUUUUUUGAACGUGUGUGAACCUGAACCAUCGCAGCACCUCUCAACACCUCAGAGCUGUAAGGAUGUUAUGGCACUUUUGAGGUUGUGUGGUUUUUCGGGAUCCUUCGGGGGUGCAGUGAUGGGUGAGCUCAGCUGCCCCAGUGCAUCGUGGGGGAGAGAGGGCGUGAAGGCGCUUGUGCUCUAUUCGCUCCUAGUACUCGUACACACAUCCCAUGCCCAGCCUCCCCUCCCUCUCUCCCUCCUGGCCAAAAUCGUUGUCCCCCCUCCCUGGCACGCUCUGCCCCUGUCGCAGGCUGAUCUUGGCCCACUGUUCUCCAACUCCAGCCCCUUCGCCUUCACCCAGUCCCUGCUCAUGGUGCCUCCGGCUGGGGAAGCCUCCAAAGCUGGGGUUCGGGCUUCAUUCGGGCCUUACUCUGUCAGCCAGCUGGUCUCUGGGCCCAUCCUCCCCCUCUCCCCUCCUCUGUCUGCAUCUCUCCUCUCUAAACACGUGGAGAGAGAGAGGGAUGAAGGAGGAAAGGAGAGGUACAGGGUGAGGGUGUUGUUCCAUGUGCGAGGGGACACCAGCAGAGGGAGCUGUAUCACCCUCCACGCCUUCAAAGAGACCGAGGAGCAGAAGGCUUCCUGUAUCACACAGCCUCCACUGGGUCUAUGUGUGGUGACCCUGGCCCUACCUAAGGACUGGUUUGAGGCGGACCAGACCAGCCAGCCCUACCUCAUCCCCAACCAGCGUGCCAGGCACACACACCGACACCGCACCCGUAAUCGGGGACGACGGCACGAGGGUGUUGUCGUCGGUGGAGCCGGUGGCAUCCCCUUCCCAGGCACUCUCCGAUACAGCCCCGCUCACGCCGGCGACCGAAUCCAGCUGUUCUACUCAUUGUUCGGCACAGCAUCCAACCUCAAACUAGCACCCUCUAGGUGUGUGCAAGACAAAUUACCACAGUCUCAGAGAGAGUUGUUUUAUAUAGGAUCUGUGACUCUGAGGGAGUACAGUAAGCGGAAAGAGGCCAACGGGACCAAAGAGGAAAUAGGCUGUUGCAAUGGACAGGAAGAGGAGGAGCUACGGUUGGAUUCCAACGUGCUGAUUCGCUAUUGCAGGGGACCGGUCCAAGCGGGACAGCCAAUAAGGGUUUCUGUGAACCUGAGGGCCAAUUUCAGUGCAGAGUUUGUUGUUAUCCGACUGAAGGUGAAGAAAGGCCUUUUGUCUCUGGUUGCCCAGCGCUCCCUGAACUCUGACCUCUGGGUUGUGAGCCUGGAGAGAACCCAGGGCUCCAAGCAUGAUGUCAUCUCCAUCAUCUGCCACAAACUGGCCGGACACAUGGACAGCGACAGUCCCGCUGCUCUGCAGCAGGUUGCCUGUCUGUCAGUCGACAGCUUGCGAAGGAGUUUCGGGGUUGCCAUGACGGUAUCGGCCAGCUGGCGGGUAGAGUACUCAGGCCGUAAAAACCCUCCGCCACCACACGGCGGAGUAGUGAGCAGCUUCUCCUUCACAGACAGAGAGAUAGUGGGCAUCUCUCCCAUAACUGAAAGUGGCAUGAUCAUCAACACGGCCAUCUUGACCAGCGAGCCCGUGUCACUUCCUGUCAUUGUGCUGGCAGUGGGGCAUGAUGGGAAGGUGUCUGACAUCACCGCGGCGGUGAAGUGCCAGUCGUCCAACGAUGAUAUCGUCAAGGUGUCAAGCGACUGCUCCACCCUCUUCGUCGACGGAAGUGAAUCAGGGGUGGGCAGCACCUGUGUAGGGGUGGAGUUUCUCCUGGGCACGCUCAGUGGGUCCCUGUGUCUGUCCGUAUGGGCUCCUGUCGUCCCGCUGCGCGUCACACUGUCCGACAACGAGCUGAGCGCCAUCGAGGGCUGGAACCACUACACGGAGAACGGCUGUUCUCCAGUGUACCAGAGGUCCACGGUUCAGGUUCUGGCCCAGUUCAGUGCUCAGGGGGGCCAGGGUCAGCUGACCUACCUGCUGGGCUCCUCUGAUUGGUUUGUGGAUGCCACAGAGAUGGUCCGUAAUUGGCUGAGGGUAGAGAAUCCUCGCGUGGCGGUCUUCGACAAGCAGAGCAAUCUGAUUGGUCUACACCCGGGGAAAACUUCAGUUCAUGUCAUAUCAAGCCAAUGGGACGGUGUUCUGGGUAGCUGUGAUGUCAUCGUGACCUCUGAACACGUGACCCCAGGUGACCUCUCCGUGCAGGUUGUGGGAGGACUCGGUAUGUCAAUCAAUGCAAGCCCUGCCCAUCCUGCUGUUGUCACGGCAACCGUGACAGCAUACAACAUCCUCUACCAGCAUGGGCAGGAAGCGUCCAUCAGUGUCUGGCUCCAGUUCAGCGAUGAUAGCGCCACGUUGCUCCCCACCUUCAGCCGUGGUACCUUCGCCCUUCGCCUCUCCUCAUUGGCAGAGACCGUGGUUGCCGUGAUGCCCGGCCCAUCGCCGCGUGUCGUCGCACAGGGCGAAGGGGGCGGGCCUUUACUGAAAGCGGAACUCCUGGUCACCACCUGCAAGCCAAUGACGAACUCCGUUGACGGGGACCUGGCCAAUUCGAAGGAAGGAAGCGGGACCAAGAGGCUGGCUAAAGGAUCAGGCUGGAUCAGGGUGAACCUGGACUCGGACCUUCGUCCAAUGGGGAGCGAGGAGGCGGACUUUGAGCUGCUUGACAUUUCGGACAUGCUGGUGGAGUCAUCGGACAGGGAUGUUAAGUACAGCAACUUCCUGGACAAUGACAUCAUCAUAGGGAACGUCACCACCGUCAAAGGUGACGACUAUUAUGACAAGGCCGGCGAUGGGAUGAUCGCCAGGAAUGACCUGGAGAGAGCGGUGUUGACCCCGAAUCACAAAGAGAGCGCUGUGUUCUUCUCUCCCGGGUUGGAGAGAGAGAGGGAGGAGAAACCGGAGGAUACAGAGCUGGGGCUGGGUGUCGGGGCAGUUCUCUCCCUUCUCUGCCUCUCCGUACUCCUCUUCCUGGUGAAUUGUCUGCCCUGCGCUUUGAGGGUGAGGAGGAUGAGGAGGAAGGACAUGAACAUGGAGGGGGUGGAGGGAGUGGUGAAGGAAGAGGGGGAGGAAGGAAAAGAGGAGGAGGCAAAGGAUGUUGCAGAAAAGAUCGACAAAAUAACAUCGUACCCCAGGGUAAUAUCACUCCAUGAGACUAUUCCAGAAGAGAAAGAGGGGCAGUCAGAUCAAAGCAUUGACCAUUAAGGCUGCAUCCGAAUAGGCACCUUAAUCCUUUUAAGAGUUAAGAGCCCUGGUCAAAAGUAGUGCACUAUGUAGGGAAUACGGUGCCAUUUUAUUCAGGAGAGAAAGGUUGUUGAUAAAAUCAUCAUUAGGAAAAUUGACUGUACAGUGUCACCAACAAUGUAUCUUAACGUCUUACAAGGUCAUCUUCGUGUAGGCUAGUCUUUUUCUCAGUUAUUUAUUUAUUUCUGAAUGUUUGUCUAAGUUAAAUAUGUGUCCAGAAACAAUGCACGUACACGACUGUACAUAUCUGCCAUAUUUAUUUUAUUGGUAUUGUUUCACAUUCAUCCAUAUACAAUUGGCUGUCAUAUCUUUUCGAUUUAGGACUCAAUGCAAUCCGUAUCGCUGAAGUUCACCGCUAUAUUGCAAUUGAAUUUUAAAGGCAGCGUUCCCACGUUCGCGGAGACUGAAUUCACGAUUAAUACUGCACGUGUCAGCUCAAUCGGAAACGACCUUUACAUUUCAAGCGCGCUGUAGCGCUGAACUUCGGUGAUACGGAAUGAAUCAAGACCUUUUAGGCCUAUUGACGGAAUAGUAUAGGGUUGCAAAAUCCUGGUAAUUUUCCCCAAACCAGUUGUAGGAUGCCGACAUGCUUAUUCCCUCCUGAUUCCAGAGAUUCUCCAACUGGGAUUUCCGUAAAAACUGGGAUUUUGGGGCAUGUUACCAGAAUGUGCAAAUCUAUUCCUGCACAUGAUAUUGUUCUGGUUGAUCUCAUCAACCAAAAGGAAAACCCACUAAAUACACAUUAUAGAAUAACUCAUGUGAAACUCAUUAUUCUCCUGCUUGGCAAAGGUUGUAAAUUAACUUAAAAUGACAUCCUAACAAUAAAAUAUGUAUUUUUCCAUUUGAUUUAGUGAUUAGGAAAUAGUUUGAUUCCUUGAUCAACUUAAAAACAAAAGAACAAUUAUCUGGUCUAAUUUAUCAGUCAAUCUGUCCAGAGUUUGGCUGUGUUUGCACCCAGAGGUAUUGUUCUGAUAUGGCCAGAGAGAGAGAGCUGUCUGGCCCAUAUGGAUGCCUUAGAGAUGUCAUGUAUCCAGCUACCUCCAACUGAUGCUGGGUGCCACAGAGCACUUUGUACUGGGAAAUACUCUCCAACUAGUUCCAACCCAAGCAGGUUGUCUGCCUCAAACACCAACCUCCAGGUGUUUCUUGGACUAUGAACCUGGCCAGUAGAGCUCACUAACAGAGUGCUAUUUCCAACUCCCAUGUGGCAACCAAGUAGGAACAAUCAGUGGCUUCAUUUUGUAUUUAUUUAACUAGGCACGUCAGUUAAGAACAAAUUCUUAUUUACAAUGACGGCCUACACCAGCCAAACCUGGACGACGCUGGGCCAAUUAUGCGCCGCCCUAUGGGACUCCCAAUUACGGCCGGAUGUAGCCUGGAUUCAAACCAGGAACUACAGGGAUGCCUCUUGCACUGAGAUGCAGUGCCUUAGACGGCUGUGCCACACGGGAGUGUAAGGCUCUCACCUCAUACGCGUGGAGUUGUAGGUUUGAUCCCAGGUAGUCGCUGUGGUUGUGUUGACACUGAUGAUUGAUGGGCUGUGACAACUGAUGAGGGUUUAAUAUUUGAGGGUCCCCUUCCUGUGAACACCAGCGGUGAUGAAGGGAAACUUCUGGAAAGAGUAGACACUUAGUAUUUUAAGAGAUUUUUGCCUUUUUCUUUAAAAAAAAACAACACGUGUCUACUUUUUCUGUAGGUUUCCCUUCAUAACCGCUGCUGGUGACUGUUCUAGAAUCACAGGGGGAACCCCAGGAUUUGUGUUGUUGUUGAAAACUCUGUUUAUUCAGUUUUACACACAAGACAACACAAAGCAAUAUAAAGAAUAUACUCAACUAGAAAAAUACAAAUAAAAAAAUAAUAAGAAUUAGCUUUAAAGAUACCGUACUUUAGACAAGUUAAACACAGCGGGCAGAAGGCUACAAAGGUUAAAGGGCAAUCUGUAGUACAGGGACAGAGCAAACACCUCACCAUUGAUCCUGUAAACAGACAAGGGAUAGGGGUGGAGAAAUGUAACCUAUCACAGACAAUCAUGGCCACAGACCGACCAUCCACUGGACCAAAAAUAAAGUUUACAAUGCUUU